AUGGCGGAUAGACCUAAGCAUCCGCUGCAUUAUUUGCGGAAUGCCAUCCCGCAUCCGCAAUUCUUCCUCACCGUCUUCCUCGGCUCGUUCCUGCUGCAGUACUUGAUAUCAGGCUUGCGUGUCGAGCACCCUGACUUGGACGCCGCCAUUAGCGGCUCCAUACGCUCCCUGCCUUCUUCAGCGCUACUCGUCACAGCACAUCCGGAUGACGAGGCCAUGUUCUUUGCGCCCGCUGUCCAAGGGCUCGCCGCGGCGGGCACAGUCUUGUCAGCCUUGUGCCUGUCGACAGGGAAUGCGGCAGGAUUGGGCCAUCAGCGGGCCGAGGAGCUCUAUGCAAGCUACGGUCAGCUCGGCGUAUCGGCGAGCAGAGUCAAGUACCUCGAUGACGCACGACUUCAGGAUUCGAUGGACGCCACCUGGCCUACCCAGCACAUCUCCUCGGUGGUAGGCAAGCACAUCAACUCGCUCAAGCGCUCCUCCCCCAUCGACGCGCUCAUCACCUUUGACAAGCACGGCAUCUCCGGCCAUCUGAACCACAUCGCAGCCUACAACGGCACGCGUGAUCUCGCCGUCGCUCGCAACCUCCCACUCUACGUGCUGCCCUCGAUGGAGGUGUGGGAAAAGUACAAUUCGGCGCCUCUAGCCGUGUUUGAGACCUUCAUGUAUUCGGGUCGACCCGUACCUGCUCAAGAUAGCGCCAACUACAAGCCAGCAUCCGAGAUCCUCAUUCUCGCCAGCACGCAACAAUACAUCAACGGUAUCCGCGCCAUGCUCAAACACAAGACCCAGCUCGAAUGGUUCCGAUACCUUUACCUCGUGUUCAGCAGGUACAUGUUUUCUAACAGGCUGGUGCUUUGGACGCCCGAGCUCGAUGCGGAUGUAGAAGCGUAG